UAAACAAAGAAGAGAUGAGGGUGCAUAGAAGAAGAAGCAGCUCCACAUGCUCCAUGCGCUUCUUUGGAGACGAAUAAACGUGUGAUUCUCUCAAUUUGAUAUCGGUCUUCCUUAGAAAUGGAAGCUUCCGUGGAUGAGUUCAUGAAAUAUCGGUCGCCGUUGGUGUCCCGCUACGCCAGCAAGGAAAUGGCUUAUAACUUCAGCGACAGAAAGAAAUUUACAACUUGGAGAAAGCUGUGGAUCUUCCUUGCUAAGGCAGAAAAGGAUCUGGGUCUGCCCAUCACAGAUGCACAGCUGGUUGAGAUGGAGGCCCACGCGGAAGACAUUGACUUCGCCAGGGCGGCUGAGGAGGAGCGUAAGCUCCGUCAUGAUGUCAUGGCCCAUGUGCACACCUUUGCCCACUGCUGCCCUACUGCUGCUCCCAUCAUUCAUCUGGGUGCUACUUCCUGCUACGUGGGAGACAACACCGAUUUGAUUAUGCUGCGUGAUGGAUUUGACAUCCUACUGCCUAAGCUGGCCUGUGUUAUUGAUAGACUGGCUAACUUUGCUGAGAAGUAUGCAGACCUGCCAACUCUUGGCUUCACCCACUACCAGCCAGCACAACUGACCACAGUAGGGAAGCGUGCAUCUCUAUGGCUGCAGGAUUUGGUCAUGGACAUGCGGAACCUUCAGAGGGCACGAGAUGACCUGCGUUUCCGGGGGGUGAAAGGCACCACAGGCACACAGGCCAGCUUCCUGCAGCUCUUCCAGGGAGACCAUGAUAAGGUGGAGGAGCUGGAUAAAAUGGUUACUGAAAUGGCUGGUUUUAAAAAGUCGUACUUGGUCACAGGGCAAACAUACAGCCGUAAGGUGGACAUCGACUCUUUGUCUGUGCUGGCCAGCCUAGGAGCCACUGUACACAAGAUCUGUACUGAUAUCCGACUGCUGGCAAAUCAAAAAGAGAUUGAAGAACCAUUUGAGAAAGAGCAGAUAGGUUCAAGUGCUAUGCCAUAUAAGAGGAACCCAAUGCGUGCUGAGCGCUGCUGUAGCCUGGCGCGCCACCUGGUGGCGCUGGUGUUUGAUGCGCUCCAGACAGCCUCAGUGCAGUGGCUGGAAAGAACUCUGGAUGAUAGUGCAAACAGGAGAAUUUCUCUGCCCGAGUCCUUCCUCACAGCUGACAUCAUCCUCAGCACCCUGCAGAACAUCACUGAAGGAUUGGUGGUCUACCCAAAGGUGAUUGAGAGGCACAUCCGGCAGGAGCUGCCCUUCAUGGCCACUGAGAACAUUAUUAUGGCUAUGGUUAAGGCAGGAGGGAACAGGCAGGAGUGUCAUGAGAAGAUCAGAGUGCUGUCUCAGCAGGCAGCAGCCGUGGUAAAGCAGGACGGUGGGGAUAAUGACCUUCUGGACCGAGUGCAGGCUGACCCCUACUUCACCCCUGUACUCAACCAACUAGAUGCCCUGCUGGAUCCCAAAACGUUCACUGGUCGAGCCCCACAACAGGUGUCUAGGUUUCUUUCUGAGGAAGUCAAGCCUGUGCUCGAGCCAUAUAAGAGUAAAAUGGAUGUUAAGAUUGAACUGGAACUCUGAGGCACACGCUCACAAAUGUCUCUACAAAGCCCGCCAAAGUGGAAAGGCAACAGAAUGUUAUCAGAUCAUCGUAUUUUGCUGUAUGCUGCUCUUUCUGUUCUGAAUAAACAUUAUUUAAAUAUU